GGCAGAGGAGGAGAGAGGCACCGGCAGAGCCGCAGAGGAACGGAGCGACACGCAGAGAGAGGGAGCGGCGCAGACACGCCGACUCGUGCACGCACACAGGCGCCGAUACGACUCAGGCGGAGAGAGGCAGCGGCACAUCGAGAGGCAGAUACACACACACCGCGAGACUGGGAUAACACGCGGAGAGACACGCGGGGAAAGGAAGGUACACGCCGGGUGAGAUAGACAGAGAGACACACACAGCAGCAGGCAAGAGACAGAGAGAGACACCCAGCACUGGCCCCGAAGGUCGCCGCACCGCUGUUAUCAUCAUCCUCAUCAUCAUCUUCAUCAUCAUCCUCAUCAUCAUCCUCAUCAUCAUCACCGUCGUCAUGAUGCUGAGUGGAACCCGCGUGCUCCUCCUCGCCGCUCUCAUCUGCUCACUCGCCGUUACUCCGUCCCGCGCCUGCGGACCCGGCCGCACGUACGGGCGCCGUCGCCAGCCGCGCAAGCUGACGCCGCUCGCCUACAAGCAGUUUGUGCCCAACGUGGCGGAGAAGACGUUGGGCGCGAGCGGCCGCUACGAGGGGAAGAUCGCGCGCGGCUCCGAGCGCUUUAAGGAGCUGACGCCCAACUACAACCCCGACAUCAUCUUCAAGGACGAGGAGAACACGGGCGCAGACCGCCUCAUGACGCAGCGCUGCAAGGACCGUCUCAACUCGCUCGCCAUCUCGGUGAUGAACCAGUGGCCCGGCGUGAAGCUGCGCGUGACCGAGGGCUGGGACGAGGACGGCCACCACUCGGACGAGUCGCUGCACUACGAGGGGCGCGCCGUGGACAUCACCACGUCGGACCGCGAGCGUGCCAAGUACGGCAUGCUGGCGCGACUCGCCGCCGAGGCGGGAUUCGACUGGGUCUACUACGAGUCCAAGGCGCACGUGCACUGCUCCGUCAAAGCCGAGAACUCGAUCGCCGCAAAGUCUGGGGGCUGCUUCCCCGGGGACUCGCGCGUCUUCGUCGAGGGCGGCCGAUCCAAGCGGCUCCGGGACCUGCGGCCGGGAGACCGCGUCCUGGCGGCCAGGGGGCCCGGUUCGCGCCCCGUCUACAGCGACUUCCUCCUCUUCCUCGACCACGAACCGCACCGCCGGCGACUCUUCCUCUCCGUGAAGACGGCGGCGCCUGCGCGCACGCUCCUGGUCACCCCCGCGCACCUCGUCUUCGCCGCCAACUCGAGCGACCCGCGGCACGCGAGGCCCGUGUUCGCCAGCAGGGUGCGGCCGGGCAUGCACGUGUUCGUGCUGGACGGCGACGAGGUGACGACGUCCGGUGAUGACGAUCACGAGGAGGAGGAGGAGGAGGAUCGUCGCGGUCGCGAUGGCGGCGCACGUCUGCGUGCCGCGCGCGUGGAGCGCGUGAUCUGGGUGGAGGCGUGGGGCUCGCUGGCCCCGCUCACGGCUCACGGCACGCUGGUCGUGGACGGCUUCCUCGCCUCCUGCUACGCCGUGGUGGAGCUGCACGACUGGGCCCACGCCGCCUUCGCGCCUCUUCGUGCGGCGCACGCGGCCGCCAGGGCCACGCAGUGGCUCUUGGGUCGGGCGGCCUCGCCCGGGGUCACCGAGUCGCCAGAGGAGGAGGGGGAGGAGGAGGGGGAGGAGGGGGAGGGGGAGAGCAGAUUCCUCGGUCGGGACUCUCGGUUCCCCGGCAACUGCAGCGGCGCGCUGGAUGCGAGGAGCGCGCACAUCCACUGGUACUCGCGACUGCUGUACGGACUGGGUCGCCUGGUGUUGCACGACGACAGAUACCACCCGCUGGGCAUGGAGCUAGAACCCUGCAGCUAGAGCCGGGGUAAUGCUGGUGGUGGUGGUGGUGGUAAUGGUGGUGGUGUUUGUGGUGGUGGUGGUGGUAUAAUACUUAUGUGUAUGGCUGGUGUUGUCGACUGUGGCGUGAGAACUAAUCUGUUCCACCCCUGCAGCAUCUGUCCCUUCCCCCGUCACUGUCUCUCGCACACCAGUGCGUGCAUAUGCACACACACCAGUGCGUGCAUAUGCACACACACCAAUUCAUGCAUAGACACGUUCCUAUUGACACGCAAACAUAAAUAUGUACAUAGGCACUUCAUACGUACAUACAUACACACGCGCGCACUAAUCAGCAACUAAGCGAAUUAGCCCCCCCCCCUGCUCUUACAUUCACACGUUAGAUAACACGCACGCAUAUCCUACAGAAUACUUCCUUGUGCAUUGCACACGAGCGCGCGCACACACACACACAGGGAAACAGACAAAUACAAAGAUCCCCGGUAUAGCCUUAAAUACUAUCAGAGCAAGUGCUGUUAGCGAGCAUUAUUAAAGGCCGGCGUGACACACGAGGGGGUGGGUGGCCAGCACCACUCCGCCUCUGUCUCCCCAGUGGCGAUGUUUACACACCGCACCAGGUACUCGCUUGAGCCUGAGUCGACCUCGGAAAGGCCUAGGACCGGUUCAUAUAAUCACUGCGGUGCCGCUCCCCACAGUUUCACACGCACACACACGUACACACGUCCGUUUACACACGGAGUUAGACUGAGCCACUGGACAGAACAACAACAACUGCCAUUCGCCACUAAGUGGCGGUGACGUCACCACGACGCUUGUGCCAGGCUAUGUGCACCUUGAGGCCACGUGAAGUGUCGAACGCCCGCUGGCAGGAGGUAACAGGGCAGACCAAGGUGCCACGGGUAGACUGACUGAGAUGACUGGCUGAUGCACCACCUGUGCCCCCUACUGUGCCAACUUGCUGUGCUUUAGCCACAAGGCGCUCCGCUCGUUGUUGUGAACGUCGCUCCUUCGCCCUCCGUUGUUGUAGGAGAGGGACUGCCUCCAACUGCCCAGCAGCGUCCUUCACGAGCCUCCUCCACAGAGGCCGAUCAAGUCCACUCAGCUCCACAUCCUCCUGUACCACAUCACUCCAUCUCUUCUCUAGCCCGUGCCGCGCCAGUUUAGCCCCUUCUAUCCGGCGAAACAGAAGUUGUUUGGGCAUGCGGUUCCUGGGCAUGCGGGCUACAUGACCCAGCCAACGCAGCCUUGCCUGCCGGAGGAGCUCACCGAUGGGACUUUGCUCAGAUCUUUCAAUGAUUUGUGAGCUCCUCACACAAUCCAGCCUGGUUAAACCCAGAAUGAAUCGUAGGCAGGCCAUCCUAAAUGUUUCCAAUCGGCGAAGAUGCUCCAUUAGGGAGGUCCACGUUUCGCAAGCGUAGAGAAGGGAGGGAAUGACCGUAGCCAAAAAGACUUGAAGCUUCGUGCGGAGCGACAGACCAGGUAGCUUCCACACAGCGUUACGCAACCGAUGAAAAGAUAAUGCCGUUCGACUGAUUCUGAGUGAGACCUCUGCUGUCAAACCAGAGCCGGUCAUGAGCACACUGCCCAGAUAUGGGAAACUCUCCACUCUCUCCACAACUUCCCCAUCACCAAUUGGGAGUUGUGGGGGUGGAGUGCCCGAUGGUACAAAAUACCCAGGCAGGUGCUUAGUUUUGGUGGGGCUGAUGGUAAGGCCCCACCUCUUAGUGGCACGCUCCAGUUUCAGCAGCAGCGCCUCCAACUCCUCCUCUGAGUGAGCGGCAAUUACCAGAUCACCCCUUGACCGCACCCGGGCAUCGAUCAGCUUCCCAUUGUAAAUGUACCAGAUGGAAAUUCCUCUGGUACAGCCAUCAAAGGCUUCACGAACUACGUGGUCGAAAAAAAUGUUAAAUAAUGUUGGAGCCAAAGAACAUCCCUGUCGUACCCCAAGGUGAACAGGGAAUGGCUCCGACUCCCGGCCAAGUAGUUUUACCCGGGCCCGCUCACCAUCAUGAAAGUCCUUAAUGAUCGUGAGCAGAGGGUCAGGGACUCCGAAAGCACGACGAACAACCCAGAGCCCAGGCCUACUGAUGGUAUCAUAGGCCUUGACCAGGUCAAUAAAGCAGAGAUGUAGGUCUUGUUGGAAUUCCCUACACCUCUGCUGUAGCAAACUGACAGAGAAUAUGGCAUCUGUGCAGGACCGCCCUUUCCUGAAAUCACAUUGGGGCUCCGCAAGCCUCUCCUCAGCAUGCCUGGCAAGGCGAUGUUGAAUAAUCCUUGCCAGGACCUUUCCCGGCACACUAAGGAGUGAGAUGCCCCUGUAGUUGUUACAGUCUGUGCGGUCCCCCUUCUUACAGAGAGGGAGGCACAUACACCCACGGACUCACACUCAGCCACAAAGAUCUCCCGUGUAGCGAGCACCUAGUAAGGUCGGCACGCGCACAAGCGGCACUGUUAGGUCAAGUAAGACACAAAGACGAAGAUCCCCCAUGUAGCCUUUACCGAACUAUUCGGGAAAGGUCUCUAGCGAGCACCGAGUUAAUACACGCACACAUCCACAAGCACAAAGGUCCCCUUACAGACUGAAUACAUGCUGUCAGCGAGCACCUAUUCAAGGGUUAACUCGGCACAACUGGGAAUUAUUUGGAUUUCGUGUCUGCACAGCCCAUUUGUUGGUAGUUAUAUACUAGUUUGACCUACGGCACAUAUAUACACAGUCAAUAUACCGUGUCUAUAUAUACCGUGUACUGUCGCUUCAUGUGGGUGUGAUGGUAGCGAGAACAUACGAAAGGAUCAUCUGAUAGUAACUACAUCCAGCAAAGACAAAGGUCCCCCGUAUAGACUGUUGGGGCAAGGGUUCUAGGUGAGCGCCUAUGAGGGUCAACACAGCACACGAGGUGGUUAGAUCGAUGACUCCACGCCCGGCCGUCUUUGUCUCCCCAGUGCUGAUAUUUUACACACCGCACCAGGUACUCAUUUGCGGCUGAGUCGAUCUAGGAGAGGCCCAGUAUCGGUUAUAUAAGCGCCACUGGUUUUGGCUUUGAGCGGGAAUCGAACCCGUGUCGGGCAGCCUAUGAACAGACACCCACAUCCACAAGCAUAUAUAUAAUAAAACCAUUGCGUCGAACAUGAUCACACACACACAUACACGCGCCCACUCAGUGACACACACACACCACACACGUCACACUCUGCACCGUCCCUCAACGCCAUCCAUCACGACAUGAAAUCGUGAAUUUUCCCCGAAAGGACACGGCCAAAUAUCGACGACGGUCACUCAAAAACUCGCUCGCGUGUUUACUAUACACGCGCAAGUGUUCACUACACACCAACAUGUUCACUACACACGCACGGACACGACGAGGUGCACUGACGCACGCUCUGCGCAGCGUGUAUGUUGGUAAGAGAAGUAGUGGUAACCAUCACACAGUGGUACUGGUGUAGUAGUGGUAACCAUCACACAGUGGUACUGGUGUAGUAGUGGUAACCAUCACACAGUGGUACUGGUGUAGUAGUGGUAACCAUCACACGAUUGAGGCGUCGGUGCCGCUGGUGGCCACUGCCAAGCACGCGGCAGGCCGCACAGCCCGCGGAGAGCAGACAGCAGGCGCGUGACGACGCGUCGAGUAGUCUCUGUUCGCAUCGAUUCAUAUCGCAGGUCACGAUGCUUCACAGCGAAUCCUUUCGUGCUCGUUGUAUGUAUCGGGUUCCCGUGCAGCCGCUCGUGGCCGCUACAUUCGCUAAACAAAAAUUAAUCUGUGAAUUGUAUUGCGACCCUGAAGCGGGGUUAUUAAUUUAAGUCGCCUAGUACCGGAUCAGAUCUCACUCAACAUUGAUGUUGGCCUUGGCCGUGAAUCGGACUCGGCUCUCAGCAGCGGCGAGUGAUACCUAAUGUUAGCCGUGACCGAGGCGUGGUGAAUAGUCACACCCCUCUGGUUAGAGACCCAUUUGUUCAUUUGACGGUACCUGCGGGUUUGGUAACGAGCCCGUGUCUGACCCAGCAAUGAUUCGGGGUGGCCGCUCAGCGUGGAAAGCUGUGAGGGUUCGCCCCAACGCACGCGCAUGCGGGUAGAGGGCUCGCGGGCUUUUGACGCAGUGUCACGCAUGCGUCAUACAGCGCGCAUGCUGCAGGUAACGCUCACACGCGCGAGGCACGUGACGAUUCGCAUGUAGAUGAAGUUUCGCUGUACAAUGCUUUAUUUGGUUCUCCACUGCACAACCGAGUCGCGCCGGGGCCAUUUCGAGACAUCCCGACAAGGACACAGGAGGGGCGAGGUUGUUGUUGUUGUUGCUUGUGGCCACUGACGAAGUCGUGCCGCUAACGCGACACGCAAUGAACGAGUCGCGCUAUAUGUAGAUGAGGCGGGGAUGCUGUAUCCCCUUGGCCUACUGACUUACAUCGCACGUAAUGAACACCUAAUUAGCCGCUGGCCCUAUUUGACCACAAGCCAGAUUAAGACGUAUUUUAGUGAGGCCAGCAUAUCACGGCUUAGUUCCAGCUGGAAACGGAUCAUAGGCAUUGGAAAACAACCCGUACCGUGAGGGUCCGGCGUUGGCUCGGCUCGGAUGUGCCAGUGGAAGAGGGGUACGCGUCCAUAUGGCUGUGUAACAAAUGUGCUGUUGGAGUUGGAGACACUGCGGGAGGAGCACGUUAUUGCUUUGAUCACGUGCCCGCUGGCAUCAAACUAAUCAACGACAAAAUAUUCCCUUAAGUUUCCUAUUUGAAUCAGCGAUAAAUAAGGAAGAGUUUCACUUAAGGGAUCAGAUCCACACGUGAAUGAAACUAUGUGUACGUGUGCAUGUGUGUAUGUAUGUACUUGUGUACGUGUGUGCACGUGUGUGUGUGACAAAGGCGGUCGGGAGUGGUGCUGGUCACACCACCCCCUCGUGCGCCGCGCCUGCCUUCUAAGGUUCUCGCGAGCAGCCCUUGCCCCACAUAUCUUGUUAGAUGCCACACGGGGGACCUUUGUCUUUGUAUGCUUGCGUGCCCUUGAGGGAACAGUGGUGCCAAGGUUAGCGCACUAUGCUACGAACCCGGCGCGCCUGAAUUCAAUUCCCUGCUUCCCCUUAAAAUGAGUACCUGGUGCACCAGCAUUGGGGAGGAGGCAAAGGGAGCCGAGAGUGGUCCUGGUGGUCCUGGUCACCCACACCAUCGCGUACGCCGGCUACCAUUUGUGUGUGCUCGCCAGCAGCACUCAGCCCAACAGUCUGUACGGCAAUAAGGAGGAUCUUUGUGUUGUUGUGAACGUGUGUGCGCUGGUACCCGUGUGUCUGCGUGUGCUUGGGUGUGUGCGCAUGCUAGUAUCUCGUUGGGGAGAGCGGCAGUGUCGUGGUUAGCGCGCUACGAACCUGGCGAUCCAAGUUCGAUUCCCGCUCACGACCAACACCAGUGACGAAUAUGCGACCCGGUCCUGGGCCUCCCCGAGGUCGAUUCGCCGCAAAUCAAAGUACACGAUGCCACAUGUGCAAACGUCGCCACCACAUACGUUGAUGUAUGUGCUAUAAGGCAGUGUUGUUGUUGAUGGAUGAGUUGAAUGUGUUGUUUUGUUGACUGUGCUCGUGCACCACUGCCAACGCUGCAGAAGCCUCGCCAAGUCAUUUGACGCAGAGUGAGGACUCUGCUGCUGCGCAGCGCUCUCGACUCGCACCGCGGUGAUGUUCGGCAUCGUGUUCCACGUUUCGCUCCACGUGCUGGGAGCGUCCUCGGAGAACUGAAGCGAAUCGUCGGACAUCUUGCCGAACAGCAGGCCGUGCAAAGUAAUCAGAGAGAGAGAAAAGUGAGCAUUCGCUGUAGAAACACGUGUGGAUUUGUCCCGUGAUGUUUCUCUCUCGUGCAACUGGUGCCUGGGCCACGACCCGCCGCCGCCCUGCUUGCACACACCACCACUGGCCUCGACUCACGCAGCUACUCACGCGGGCACUCCUCUGCGUAGGUCCCGUAAAUUAUAUUUUUCUACGAUCGGAUUGUAAAAUAGUUUCCAAAAACGUGGGGGUCAAUUUUUUAUUAUGUUCGUUUUCUUUUCUUCGGGGGUGACGGGGUUAUUAUUAUUAUUACUGAAGGGUGUGUUUUGUAGAGUGUUGUAAAAUAUUAAAUUGAUUUUGUUUUCUUUUCAGAAGAGGCAGAUGACGAUAAAUAUAUAUUAUAUAUAAUUUUAAUUUAAUUGAGGAAUACGGAGACAGGUGGAGCGUGCUGGUCGGUGAGUGAGAGUUGAGAGUGCGCGUCGUGCUGAACUGUGCCUUGGGGUCUGACGCGUUACGGGGAUCGGGCAGAAAGUUUGACACUUCGCCGAUGU